AUGACCUUGCAGUUGGACAACUGUUGCUUUUGCGGGGAGCUGAGAAUUGGGUCCCUUAUUAUUGGUUACCUGACCUUGAUUCGGGAUAUAAUAGUGACACUUAUAUCGAUAAUUAUAUUGGCCAUAAGUAGAGAAAUAAGGGCAUCCGGGAUCGUUAUCGCUGUGUUCUGUAUUCUACUUCUGAUUGGACUCCUGAAUGUGAUCUUCACCAUCGUAUUGCUCAUCGGUAUACAUCAGUAUAAAAACGGACACAUGAAGGUGUAUCUCAUCUUUAAUCUAGUAGUAAUGGUGAUAGCAGUCCUACUCAUUCUCAUCCUCUGUAUCGCAACUGGUCUACCCAUACUAAUCCUCGUAGGAUUGGUAUUCUUAGCGUUCCACGUGUACUACCUGCUGAUCAUCAGAAGCUAUUACUUGAAGAUGGACAAUGCAUUAAAUAAGCCUGCUAUAUUUAGCACUCCUGAGGGUCCGCCAUUGACAGCAGAACGUCUCGGGUUCACAGAGGCAUAA